AUGGACCUACCUCCCCAAUUGGCAAGGGAACCGCCUUUAAAGCUUACCCAUGCUGCUGCAGGUAUUUUUCCUGUGAUUUUCUUGGUCACCUGGCCUUUGUGGUACAUUUGCAGCGAAUAUAAGCUGUACAUUACCAAGAACGUUGUCCUAGCGUUUCUCAACUACUUUUUCAUCCAACAGUAUGGCUACCUACUUUUCACUAUUGCAUAUCUAAGCCAGGGGGUGUUUUAUGUGGAUGGACAGACUCAGCAGAAAGAUAAGAUUUAUCUGUUGAUGUUUAAGUACGGUGUGAUUACAUUACUAGGAAUGGUGUUUCAUGGCGGCUUCUUGAGCUUUCUGUUGGUAGAAAUGGUGAACAAGGCUACAGGAGGGUACUGCGAGGGUGGAACGACUAAAACGACCAUGUCACAGUGUUCUGCUAAUCCUGAUCUUCAGUGGAUCGAUGGGUUUGAUAUCUCGAGCCAUUAUUACUUCUUACUGAGUCUGGUGAUUUUACUUCUAAACAACCUACUAAACAAUGCUACUGAGCUGGCUGAUAUCGAGGCUCAGGUUGAAGAGGAGCCCAAGCUGGGGCUAAUUUUGAAAGCAAGAAAGGUUGUCACAUACUUGACAUCGCUUCUUAUAUCCAUUUGGAUGUUUGAGUUUGUUAUUACCAGUUUGUUUUUCCAUACCCCAUUCGAAAGGUUUAUGGGCCUUGUGGGUUGCCCAGCAGCAUUAUUCACCAUUCUGUUCAGUGAUAGAUUGUUCAGUCAAAGAACAGACUACGAAGAUCCCUACACUCCUUAA